CACAGAUUUAUUUUUUUAGGUACACCUGAGCCGAUAGAAUGGCUAAUGUCGAGCAGAGGGUCAAUGGCCCUGCAAAUGGCGAAUUCAAUGUGGACAACUAUGAUCCAGACGAUCCCGAGUUUCAACGACAAUUAUGGAGACGACCAGACAUUGAACAGGAUAUGAAGGAGAUGGAAAGGAGGAAGAGAGUGGAGACUAUCAUGAAUAGCCAGAUGUUUCGAGAGGAACUAGAAAGAAUAAUAGAUUCACAAAUGAAUGAAGGAUAUGGCUCUAGCAGCUUAACUGCUCUUCAGCAAGUUUCAGACCUUUUGCUCCCUCAUGCUUCACGCAUUUCCUCAGCUUUACGUACUUCACGUUGCCUUCUGCCUAUUAAUGACAUCAGAGGAGUAGAUGGAUUGCGAUAUGCUAAGGGUGAGAAGAUACUGCGAUGCAAACUUGCCUCUGUGUAUCGGUUAGUGGAUCUUUAUGGUUGGUCUGACUCUAUCUACAAUCAUAUAACGGCUCGAGUGAGUCAGGACCAAGAACAUUUCCUCCUAAAUCCCUUUGGUCUUCAGUACCAUGAAAUCACAGCUUCUUCACUUUUGAAGGUUGACAUGCAAGGAAAUGUCAUUGACUCCGGUUCUAGUAACUUCAACUUUAACCGGGCAGGUUUCAUGCUUCACUCAGCCAUUCAUGCUGCUCGUCCAGACAUCAGAGCUAUAAUCCACAUCCACUAUCCUCCUUGUGUUGCAGUCUCUGCAACGAAAUGUGGACUUCUUCCUAUAAGUCAAGAGGCAGCAAUUAUUGGUGAUGUCAGUUAUCAUGACUACCAAGGUAUUUUAGUGAAUCCUGCAGAAAGAGAAACAAUAGCGAGGAAUUUGGGACCUAUCAAUAAGGUGAUGUUCCUGAGAAAUCAUGGGAUUGUUGUUUGUGGAGAGUCUCUUGAAGAAGCUGUUUUUCUGUUGCGCAAUGUUGUUACAGCUUGUGAAACACAGGUUCGUCUCAUGCCUCUAGGCAUAGAGAACAUUCAAGUUAUGUCCGAAGAAGCCCAACAGAAAGUCCGGGAUGUGGUCAGAUCUGGAGGCCAACAAGUUCAAGGUAAACCAGAUGAUACUUUGAAUGGUGAUGAAGACAAGGAGAGAGCUGAGCCUAAGGAGAAGCCAAGAAAAGCCAGAGUGUUGGAUUUAGAGUUUGAAGCACAAAUGAGGAUGCUAGAUAACGCUGGUUUCAGAAGUGGCUACGGUUACCGGCAUCCAAUGCUAAGGUCUGAAGCUCCACGAGUCAAAAAUGAUGUCGAGAUCCCACCAGCAGCUUCAUCAAUAACUCAGUUCUUUGAAGAAGAUAAAUGGUUAAGUCCAUUAAAGAAGUUGCUGGAUGGAAGGAAAUCACAAGAUCAACUGCGUUGGAUCAACUCCCCAAAUGUAUAUCAGAAGGUUGAAAUUCUGGAAUCAGGCACUAGUGAUCCUAAAAAAAUAACCAAGUGGGUAGAAGUUGAUGGUAAUGGGGACAGUGACUCAUGGGUGCAGGAAGGCUCUCCAACUCACAGCACAUCAGUAAAAAUUGAUAACACUCACCAGUUUCUCCCUAAGAACACUGGUGAUCCAAAAGAGUUCAAACGAAAGCAAAAAGAGAUCAAGGCUAAUAGAAUGAAAUCUACAAUAACAGCAGGACCACAGUCUCACAUUCUCGAAGGGGUCACCUGGGAGGAGGCUAAGAACUUGCAGGAUGCCAGGAUUAGUAGUACUGGUGACCAAGUGAUACUAGUUGGAGCUGCAUCCAAGGGAAUUAUCCAGCGAGAAUUCCAACAUAAUGCUAUGGUUUACAAGUCUGCUUAUGCUAAGAAUCCAUUUGACAACAUCACAGAUCAGGAGCUUGAAGAGUAUCGUAGGAUUGUAGAGAAAAAACAACGGGGAGAGCCAGUGGAAGAGGAAGUACCGGAAGAAAUAAAGCAUCUGUUGGUAGAACCUAUUGCCAUACCAGAACAGCAACAGCAACAACCGGUAGUAACUACUCCUGCAGAUUCACGAUCACCACCCCAUUCUCCAACAUCCCCAGUUUCUGAAGAUGAAGGCACUCGCAGAGUCGGUACAGAUACCACCCAAAAAUAUUCUCAGCAGAAAACACCUGAGCCGCAGAUAAUCGUCACUGACGUUUGUGAUGCCUCGAACGACCAAGGUGUUCAACGUUCUCAUUCUGCCCGACUAGCAGCAGAAGAGCAAUCUGAGUCAAUUUCCCAUAAAGUUGAAGCUGCUGAACGUGAACGUGAAAAAUACUUCCAGCGACGUGCACACUCUGAACGUAAACCUAAACAAAAAUCUAGUGAUACUGCAGUAAAUGGAGAAAAGUUGAGAUCAACAGAAAGUGGAGAUGUGUCUGCUGCUUCUCGCAGUAGUAAAGAGGGAUCUCUUGCCAAGGACAUUAGUGAAGGAUCCAUGAAAAAAGAAAAGAAAAAGAAAAAAGGCCUGAGAACUCCAUCGUUUUUGAAAAAGAAAAAACACAAGAAAGAAAAAGAAGAUAAAGAAAAGUCCACUGCAUAGACAUAGGAUUUUGGUGUAAGCCUUCCAGUCUUGUUGUCCUUUGAAACCUUCCACCUCUGUGUUAUACUGCUGGAUGUAUAUGCUUCUGUUGCCAUGAAUAAAAUUGAAAAUUAGUAUUUACGAUGCUGCUGUGCUGAAUAGCAGUAUUAUGGACAUCAUUAAGUACUUUUUUAAAUAAAUUUAUAACUAUGUUAUUUGAGAGUAGGCAGCACCUUUACAAAAUCUGCACAGCAAAUUGGAGAAAGAAAGUUGGUUUGGGGGAGAGGGGGGUGUUGCUUGGGUGUCUGUGGGCUUUAAUAUUUUCUCUGUUGAUCCAUAAAGUUGAAUAACAGUAGCUUGUUUUGUUUUUCACUGAUGGCAUAUGCUUUAAAUGCAAUUACAAUUUUUAUACAUUGCCUGUGAAAAGCAAUUUUUAAUGUUGUUAAAUGUUUAAAAUAUCUAAAGGUAAGCAUAAUAGCCAGCCAUUUUAUAGUCGUUUAUAAAGCAGAUGGUUAUCAUAGUACCUGUAUAUUGGGUUUUUAUAGUAUAUAGUUGUGGUUUUGUUGUACCUCUGUUUACAUUGUUGCUCUUUUUGUUUUAAGUAGAAUUUAUUUUCAUUUCUUAUUAAACCUCUUGCUGUAGUGUUAAGUAUUUAAAAAAAGGGGGACUGUUAUGUGGGCAGCUUUAUAGUUUGUUAUUCUAGGGUAUUAACAUGGGCUGCUUUUCUUAGGUUUGAACAAGUAUUCCUUUUUUGCUAUACCCAGCUUGUGCUAGGUACUAACUUAGCAGAACCAAAUUUAUGGUUUCCAUGCUUGUCUGGGCUUUAAGUAAAGUUGGACUAGCUGAUUUUUUAGAUGUUAAAUAUGUGAUUAUCUUCCUGCAACUUUUACAAUGUGUGGUCUUUACUUUGUCAGACUGAAGUAUUAAUGAUUUGUGUUUGAAAAUUUAAUCAGUUUUAUCAUUUUUGUGUGAAAGUAUUGGAGAUUUGUAUUAUAUUUCUUAAGUAUUUUUAAUAUUUGUUGACUUUUAGGGAGAUCUAGUUGAUAUAAAACGUAAAUGGAUUAGGAAGGAAAGAGACGAAUUGAAAAUUAUUUUAAUAAUGAAAAGAACUUUGAAAGAUGCUGUUACUUGAUCAGUUUAGGACACUGUAAUUUCUAUGUUUAUAAUGAAGUUAUUACCAUCACCCUAAUUUCGCUUCUCUCUUUGGGGGCAAAUUAACAAAGCAGGGUGUUGUGUGAAUAGGGUCUAGUAAAAGUAUGAACUCACUGCCCAUUACUUGUGGCUAACGAUGUGUAAUUAUAAUGACUCUUUAUUUUAUCCCAGUAUUUUGUGGAAGAAAAAAAAAAACUUCUUAAAAAUUGUUGAUCGUGUAAUGUUUUUUCUUGCUUUGUUAUCAUUAUUCAAGUAUCACACUGUAUUACAUUCAUAAACCUAGCACAUUCAAGAAAUGAUUAUUUUUUGUGAAGAUACCAACAUUAGUUAUUUGGCAACAUAUUUUGUUUGUGUUGCAUGCUAAAAAGGGUACAGUUUACAUGUAACACAAACUGGGCUGAAGUAGACUGCAAUAGAAUUGUAAUUCUUUUACUUUUUAUCUUUUUAUUGGACACUGUGGUCAGUUUUUGCUGCUAGUAUUGUGUGAAUAAACCCUUACAAACUUAA